GAUUGGACUUACGCUUCAUGAUUGUGGCCAUGGACACACACAUGGAAGUUUCUCAUCUCAUGGACAUUCACAUGGAGGGGCACCAAGUGGACAUAAUCAUAAAAAACAUGAUCACUCCCAUGGAGAUCAUGAUCACUCUCAUGGAGAUCAUGGGCACUUUUAUGGAGAUCAUGCCCUUGAAUUAGAUGUUCCAGGAACUAAUGAUCAACUAUCGAAUGGUACCAAGACAAGAGACAAUGAACAUCAAAACGUAAAUGUCCGUGCAGCAUUCAUACACGUAUUGGGAGAUUUACUUCAAAGUCUAGGUGUAUUAAUUGCAGCUUUCAUCAUUUAUUUCAAGCCGGAGUAUGCCAUAGCCGAUCCUAUUUGCACUUUUAUAUUUUCGUUUAUUGUUUUAUUCACAACAUUGAAUAUUCUGAGAGAUGCCAUUUCUGUCCUAAUGGAAGCUACACCUAAAGGUGUUGAUUUCAAAGAAGUCAAAUCACUUUUAGAGAUGAUUGAAGGAGUCAAAUCAAUCCAUUCACUCCAUAUAUGGUCAUUAACCAUGGGAAGAAAUGCUUUAUCUGUGCACAUUGCCAUAAGUUCUCCUCGUGGUGAUGAUUCUGUUGAUCCACAAGUUGUUUUGGAGGAAGCUGCUAGAAUAUUGGAGGAAAGAUACAACUUACAUAAUACAACUAUUCAAAUUGAAAACUACAGUAAUGGAAUGAAACAUUGUCUUAGAUGUAAAGAACCCAAAGAUUAAAGGAAUAUGAAAAUAUAAAAAAAAUAGUAUAUAUAUGAUAUUUAUAUAUUAUCCUGUGUGUACUCUUUUGUUACCCACCGCCUGGACACAAUUAUUAUGCAGACCCUGGUAGUUAAUAAAGUUGAUUUAAAUGAUUUAUUACCUGGGUUAACCUCUGGGAUUAUUACAACUUGAUAAUUUACUAUAUUUGUUGAUUAACUGUAUUACACUGCU